AAUUCAGUCCUUGGACCUGGCUUCUCAGCAGUUGUCCCUGAGAGGGAAGAAUCGGCUGGCUCCUGAGAACACACAGAGCUUCCCCACACCUUGAGAUUUGCACCUUGCUGCACAGGAGCUUUCCAGCCUUCCUUCCCAGCGUACCAUGGCCAGUACCAAUAGCAGUGCGGGCAUCCGGUGGUCCAGACAGGAGACACGAACCCUCCUCUCCAUACUAGGCGAGGCAGAGUAUAUUCAGCGCCUCCAGACUGUGCAUCAUAAUGCAGAUGUCUAUCAGGCUGUGUCUAAGCGAAUGCAGCAGGAAGGCUUCCGCCGCACCGAACGUCAGUGCCGCUCCAAGUUUAAAGUUCUGAAGGCGUUAUAUUUAAAGGCCUACGUGGCCCAUGCCACAAGUAUGGGUGACCCGCCACACUGUCCAUUUUAUGAUACGCUGGAUCAGCUUCUCCGAAAUCAGAUAGUGACUGACCCAGACAACUUAAUGGAGGAUGCUGCUUGGGCCAAGCACUGUGAUCAGACUUUAGUGGCCUCUGACACCCCAGGGGAAGAGGGAACCAGCAUUCUGAAAGCAAAAAGGACUCAGGCAGCUGAUCUUCAGCCUAUCUUGAAAACAGUUAAGGAAUCAGAUGAGGAUUGUCAGCUGAGAAUCAGUGACCGGAUACCCGAAACCAGUGACCUCGAGGACUCCUGGGAUGAAUCCCCGGGUGCAGGGUGCUCUCAAGGGACCCCCACCUACAGCAACUCCCACAACCUUUUCAGAGGUGCAGUUGCUCCCUGUCAGAGCAGCCCCAUGACCAGACUGGGUGUGUCCGGGGAGCCCAGUCCCUGCACCAGCACCAGCCGCAACACUCCUGGUGCAGCCUCCGCACCACGGCCUCCGGUCUCCUCUCCCAGAGUUGGUUUUGUUUCUGGUGGGGAUAGGCCUUUGACCAGUGAGCCGCCUCCAAGGUGGGCAAGGCGAAGAAGGCGGUCAGUGGCCAGGACCAUUGCAGCCGAGUUGGCAGAAAACAGGAGAUUGGCACGAGAACUUUCAAAGCGUGAGGAAGAAAAACUGGACAGGCUGAUUGCUAUUGGUGAGGAGGCCAGUGCUCAGCAAGACACUGCCAAUGAGCUCCGCAGGGACGCUGUCAUCGCGGUCAGACGUUUGGCGACAGCGGUGGAAGAAGCAACUGGUGCUUUUCAGCUAGGCCUUGAAAAAUUGCUUCAGAGGUUGAUUUCAAACACCAAAAGCUAGGAACUGAUUAUAAGAGUUUAUUUCCUAAACUGGUAGAAGUCUAGUUCCAAUACUUGCUUUCUAGGACCCUGGCUCCUUUUCUGUGUCCUCAGAGAAAAAAGAGUGGAUGAACCAUUAAUAUGCAGAGUAGUAGGAAUGUACUUUCUAGUACCUUUCCCCAAGAUUCUCCACUAACUAAGAACUUUCAGAAAUGCGAGGGGUAGCCUAAUAAAUAGAAAAUGGAUGGAGCCAAGUCCAAGAGAGCUAGUUCGACCUGGCUUUGUCUCUGAUGUAAGGCAAUUUAGUUUACCUCUCUACAACAGUUUUCCUCAUUGUAAAAUGGGGUUGAUAUUAACUCCUGCCCUGCCUACCUCACAGGGUUGUUGUGAGGGUCAAAUGGCUAAUAGAUGUGAAAGAGUUUAAAAGUACUGUACACAUUUAAGUUAUUAAUGCGUAUGACCUGGGCUGCAGUAAGGCUAGGGUGAGGCAUGUUAGUUUACGAGAUACAGAAGUAUGUCUGUGUACCAUGACUUCAUUGCUUGAAUCUUUUUUCACUAGUUUAACUUGACUGCUUCAUGGAGUUUGGAAUCUUAAUUUUUUAAACCCCUCUGUGGCUCAUCAGGCUAGGAUCAGCACAACAUGUAUUUGUACCUUUUAUCUUGUACAUUGUCACUGCUGUGUCUCUGACAUACCUACUAGUAAGCAGUCAGACCAUCUUUCCCUCCUUCAUUUUACUAGUUCUUAGUCUCCUGUCAAUGUAAGGAUAUAAUUAAGAACUAACAGGGAGUCACAAUAGUAUGUUACGGUUCAUAUUGAUAAUUUUUGAUAUAAUUAAAUAUUGGCUAUUUUAUAAAAAAUGUAAGUAAAUGCUUCACAUUGCAUAGUAUUUGGGUCCCUUUAUGUGCCUAAGUUACAUCUUUAAAUUUUGGUUGCCAUUUGAGCAUUGUGGAAACCAUUCUGAUUAUUAUAUCAGUUUCCAAUCUUUUAGCUAAUUUCAUUCUCUUCUGCUAGCUUUUUUUUGCCUAGUAUGUUACAGAGGGAAAGCCCUAGAAAACUUCCCUUCUAAGGAACUUUCCAAGGUUACUUUUUCUCAAGUGUUGCAGACAAAAGUUCAUGCAGUUAAUGGCGUAUGGUAGAAGAGAACAGCUUUAUUUCCCCUUUAGCUUUGGAGACACUACAGGGUGGUGUGGAUAAAGACUGCCUGGAAUAGAGGACUCCUUUUAAGCACAAACCCUCAACAAAUGCACCACUCACAUCCCUUCCCUGACUUCUUUGGAAGAGAUGAAGGUGAUAUGCCAAACUUCCACUUUACUUUAGAAGGGAAGCCAGUACUGGCCACAUUAAACUAACGUAAAGCUUCUAGUGGUUUUCUUAGUACUUUCAGGAACUACUACAAAUAGGAAUCUUUGGGAUUUAUAAAGCUUCCUUACAGUCUAGAAGCUGGGGGCAGGGGAAGUAGGCAUGUUGGGAGAGAUGAGGUUUUUGUAUUUUGCAGGCACGGGUGCUUAGCUAAAUGCUGGAAGUGCAGAUGGGUGGAGAAGUGGUCAAAACAACAGUGGGACCGUGCCCAGAACCAUGAAUAGAGGGCAGGCAGGCAGGCACGCCGCGUGAUGAAUGUGCAGUGGCCGGGGGAGGCAGCUGGAGUGGUGGAGUAUGCUGGUAUCUAGUUAGAACACCUGGAUCCCAAACCUUUGCAGUUUGUUUGAUCGGGCAAAUCCCUUGCCCUUUGCAUGCCUCGGUGUCUUCAUCUCUAAAUUGAGGGACUUGUACUAGGUGACUUUUUUCUAGUACCUUCCAGUUCUAAAAAUCUUUUAAAUAGCAUAAUUUAAAAAAAGGCAAAGUGGAAGUGAAUUUAAUUGUAAUACUUUCAGUCAUAGCAGCAUAUUAAUGUAUGUUUGAAAUACUGGUAACAGUUGUAAGGUAGCAUUCUAUGGUACUAGUGUUUAUUAAUAUGAACUUCUAAGCACCACACCGGACAUACAGAUUCCUUGCUUCUUUUAAAAGGGCAUAUAUUAUAGCGUUGAAAUGGGUCCAGAUACAUACAUUGUCUCAAUUGUCUUAGGUCGUGCUAUGGAAGGGUAUGUGUCGCUUAUAACUGGAUAAUACUAUUGUAGAUAGGCAGAUUUUUCUGGAAAAACAGGGAAGUACUUGAAGGAGAGUUAGACCUGCACUAUAUAAACCUAAUAAUGGUAAGAAAGUACUUAGGCAGGAAUUUCUUGGAGAUGAGCGAAGUGCUGAAGAGUAGAAGUGGAGUUAAAGUUUGGAGGUAGUAUUGUGAAAAUCUCAUGGGUAAAGUGACCUGAACAUGGAAAUAAAACUCAAAGGGAAGGUCCUGAAGAAGCAGGCAGAAAAAUAUGCUACAAAUACUAAGGGGAGGGAAGUUGCAAUACUGGGAGACAGCAUGCAAGAAAGCAAGCCAGGAAUCUGCUCAUGCGCUAGGCCCAGCCAUUACACCUGUACCUCCUUGGACAGCCUUUCCACCAUUCUAUAACUCAGGUUCCUUGUCUAUAAAGUAGAAAACUCAUAAUCAUUCUACCUACCUCACAGGGGUGUUGUGAGGAUCAAAGGAACAGAUGAAUGUGAGGGUGCUUUUAGAUGUGUAAAGUGCUGUCAUGUAACGGUAGUAGGGAAGGAGACCCUAGAGCACGUGAGUGCUGUCUGCUGACCCAGCGGGGUGCUGACUGUAAGGGAUGCCUGGGAAGGGGGAGGAAGAGAAAAUAGCAUUGCUGAUAACGCUUGUAAUACAGCAGUAGGAUUAACUCUGCCUCCCAAAGACCAUGAUGUAAAUGCGGUGCUGUGUAUACCAACCCUCGAUCACCUUUGUUUUAUGUUCAGUAAUUUAAUCCUGGUGUGGACAAAUAAAGUUUUUACUUGUA